UCUAUUUACCGUUACAGUUUUUCAAAAAGAAUAAUAAAAUGAUUUCAUUCAUUGAUUAAUGAUUUUGAUUUUGAUUACUAUUCACCCAGUUUGCUAGUCAUGGUCCAGAACCAACUGAAGUUACCAAUUUUGUGUCAUUCGGCUUGGUCAUAAGGUUUUUUUUUGUAUAGUUAUUGGGCCUUGUUCUCAAUAACAGAAAAAUCUUGUUUAAUUCUUAAUAUAUUGGUGAAUGAGGUCCAAUGUUUGGGAUUGGACCACUGAUAUGUAGAGGAAGCAGAUGAUGUCAGUCAGGAGGCCUCCCUCUCAGUGGACUGAUUGAUUAACUGAUUUCAGGUGUGCAGCAGGCUGCAGGGCUGGUAGCAGACUGCAAGCUGGAGGUAGAAAGACGUUUUUCCCCUUCUGAGUGCUCUCUGUCAAUCCCUCACCAGCAGCAGUAAGAAAACGCUGCUUUUUGUUUUUCCAAAUGUUGAUGGCAGUCUAAACACACAAGCUUGCAAUGGCUUGCAGUGCUUCGGGAUGCACAAAAUCUUGUGAUCAAGUUUUACGCUUCAUUCGGACCCUGACCCGUAAGAAGCCUCUGGAGCCAGAAGGUGAAGAGUCUAACUUCUGCCGAUGCCUGACCACCUUGGACCUGGUGGGUCUGGGUGUUGGCAGCACACUUGGAGCUGGCGUGUAUGUGCUGUCAGGAGAGGUGGCCAGGGAGGUGUCCGGCCCCAGUAUCAUCAUCUCCUUUCUGAUCGCGGCGCUGGCUUCGGUCUUUGCCGGCUUGUGUUACGCCGAGUUUGGAGCCAGGGUCCCUAAAACUGGCUCAGCCUAUCUUUACAGCUAUGUGACUGUGGGAGAGGUGUGGGCAUUUGUGACCGGCUGGAACCUGUUGCUGUCCUACGUCAUUGGGACAUCUAGUGUAGCGAAAGCCUGGACUGGGACCUUCGAUGACCUGAUUGACAACAUUAUUGGUGAAACUCUGGGAGAGCACACACCGAUGGACUCGCCUGGCUUGGCUCUGUACCCAGAUUUCUUUGCUGCUGGGCUCAUCAUGCUGCUUGCUGGGGUCCUUGCGUAUGGUGUGAAGGAGUCAGCGGUCGUGAACACAGUUUUUACUGCAGUGAAUGUAGCUGUACUCGUUUUUAUUAUCAUUGCUGGCUUUAUAAAAGGAGACAUCAGCAACUGGCAGAUCAGUCAGGAGACCAUCCUGAAUGCCAGUCGGCAGAUAGAGAACCUUAUGUUGUCGCAAAAUGAAACAACUGAAUUCGACUUUGGCGUUGGCGGCUUCUUCCCAUUUGACUUUGAUGGAACUUUAGCCGGAGCAGCAACCUGUUUCUAUGCUUUUGUUGGAUUUGACUGCAUUGCCACAACGGGCGAAGAGGUCCAGAACCCACAGAAAGCGAUACCUAUUGGGAUUGUGGCAUCUCUGCUCAUCUGCUUCCUGGCUUACUUUGGUGUGUCGGCUGCUCUGACACUCAUGAUGCCUUACUAUCUGCUCGACACACACAGCCCCUUACCUGUUGCCUUUGAAUACAUUGGCUGGGAGCCUGCAAAGUAUGUUGUGGCUGUAGGAUCCUUAUGUGCACUCUCAACAAGUCUUUUGGGAGUGAUGUUUCCGAUGCCACGUGUGCUCUUUGCCAUGGCGAGAGACGGCCUGCUCUUCAAACCUCUUUGUUACAUGAGCUCCAGGCAGAGUCCUGUCUUGGCCACACUGGCUUCAGGAGCUGUGGCUGCUUUCAUGGUCCUGUUAUUCGACUUGAAGGCGCUGGUUGACAUGAGUUCAAUUGGGACCAUAUUCGCCUACUCUCUUGUUGCCAUAUGUGUUCUCAUAUUGAGGUACAAAGAAGACGCUGGUUUCAUCCACAGAUCAGAACCGUUUACUGUAACGGGGCUGUUCAGGCCUCCAUCACGGCCCACCCAUCGCACCUCUAAAAAUGUCAACAUCAUGACUGUUAUCAUUUUGUUCCUGGUCGUCUUUUUAAGCCUGCUGGUGUCAGAGGCUUUGUAUUCCCUCCGCAUGCGAGAGUGGUGGAGCACACUGCUCGUCACCGUUUUCACGCUGACACUGAUCCUGGCUGUUGUGAUCAUCUGGAGGCAGCCACAGAGCACAGCUAAAGCUGCUUUCAUGGUUCCUGGUCUGCCUGUAAUUCCAGUUCUAAGUGUUAUUAUUAAUACCUACCUGAUGGUUCAACUGGGAGGAGAGACUUGGAUCAGCUAUGGUGUCUGGAUGGCAGUAGGUCUGAUCAUCUAUUUUAGCUACGGGGUCCAUCAUAGUGUCCAAAAACAGAGGCUUCGAGAGGCUCACACCCAGAAUGUUGUUGAUUUAAAUAUUAGUGCUGCUGCUUAAUAUUUAUCUAAUUGUGUGUCAUAAUGCUGUCCACUGACAUGGAUCAAGCUGGACAGAGGGGAUGUUUGGAUUCAUUAAGGAAUUUCUUCAGAAUUUUAUUCAGGCUUCAACCAGAGUUGGAUUACCUUGAUGUCUCGCGUUGAUGCCAAAUUUUAAUGCAUUUAGUUGCUUUGUUAAAAGUAUGCUUACUGUAUAUCCUUGUCAUGUGUUAAAAAUAUCUAUGUAUACUAUGUACUUUGUUACAUUGCAAACAUCCUGUUUGUGUUUUAUCAAUUGUAAUUGAAUCAGUCGUUCAAGACUAUGUAAUCUUGGAUGUGAUUAAUGUCAGUAUUUGACAGUUCCAAACUUUUAAAUGUUGAUCUUUUUUGUGGCAUCUGUUUAAAUCAGUAAGAAUAAAUGUUAAUCCUUUUGUUAUAAAAA